AUGAUUUUUGGCCGUUUUUUUUUUUCCAGUAUAUCAAAGCAAUGUAAACAGAAGAGCAUUGUACUCCCCAGGAAAAAAGGGAGGUUGUUCUCAACAGAAAACAAGGCAUUACUAAAGAAACGUAAGGGUUCUAUGGAGGAGAAGGACAUUGUUGCAAAUUCACAACCACUUUAUAAAAGCUAUAAAGGGCACAAUUUAAAAAUAGUGUAUGAAAAUGAUUUUUUCUUAGUGGUAAACAAGCCUUAUGAUAUAAAAUUGGAGAAGGGGAAGUUCGACGAUAUAUACCCCUCUGUGGAAACCCUACUUCGUCAGAAGAAAAACUUGGAUGUAUUCAGAAUUUGUGGACAACUUGACUACGCUACAAGCGGUCUUUUAAUUAUAGCCAAGGACAAACUGAGCUGCAAUAUCUUGAAUUACAACAUAGAAAGUAAGAAUAUAGGCAAAAUAUACUUGGCCAUACUAUAUGGUCAUUUACCCCUAGGUGUUGUGCACGUAAAUACACCAAUAAGUAAAGUGAAAAAUGAAUUUAAAAUGAAAUUAUGUUAUAACUAUAAUGAUUAUUAUGAUAAUGGAAAAUAUUGUUACAGUUUAAUUUAUCCAUAUAAGCAAUGUUACUUAAAUAAUGAAAAAGUAACCUUGUGUGAGCUUCGAACCGUCACGGGAAGAAGACACCAACUUAGGUUGCAUGCACUUUCUUUAGGAAGUGCAAUUGUGGGAGACGAAACAUAUUUCGAGGACAUGAUAAGUAUCAAAUAUAAAAUUGGUUGCUCUCUCUGCUCAAGUAGCCCAAGUGCUCAGGAAAAUGACUUCAUCGAGGAACGAUCCGUUGAACAUUUUUGGAGGGAUACUCUUCAGAGUAACUCACAAUACGAGGGGGUAAACGGAAGUCGAGACAGUAAAGGCAGUGAAGACAAAUGUAAUGGCCUAGAGCAUCGAGGCAGUAGGAAUACACCAGAGAAACCAAUAACAAAAAUAGACGUAGAACGGAUGAUGCUGCACUGUUGGAUUGUACUACAGAACAAUAAAGACAAAAAACAAAAACUGAAAAAAAGUGAAGAUAUAAACAUGUUAGAAAAAAAGAUAUUUGAUUGGGAUUAUAUAAUCUGUCAAGACGAAAUAAGUAAAUAUGUUAAUGAAGAAGAGAGAACAUAUGAACAAUGCGUUUUAAAAAAUAACGAUUUAAUAAAUACUAAUUUUAUUAAUUAUAAUGCUAAAAAUAUAAAUAAAAAUAUCAAAAACAUAGACAGAAAAUUAAGCAAAGUGAAGUAUGACCAUUCAUUGAAUAAUAAUUUCGUAUUAGAAAAUUUAAAUGGAUUGAAGCAUCCAAAUUUGUUGAAACGUGAAAAUGUAAGCCCAAUUGGAAAAGGAGAAAAUGAAGUAAAAAAGGAUGACAGUAAUAAUAAAGACUGUUUGGUUGAGACACAAAGCGGGACACCUACAAAGGACCAUAAUGACCUGAAUUUAAAUCCCAACAAAGUGAAAACUAUAGAUGUGACGGAUACCUUUAUAAAUGAUCAAGAGAUAGAUAAAAACUCCAUUUAUUUGGUAAAAAAUGGAAAGUAUGAAAAUCCGAAUCAUUUGUUCGACGAUAUUCAUGACAAUGUCAAUAAAUUUAACUGGGGAUAA